AUGAUAUUGAGGUGGAUUACAGUUUUGCUAAUUUCUUUACCAUUUUUAUUUUCAAUUAAACCGAAUUCUCCACCAUUAAAAGACGACAGUUCUAACACUGAUAUUGAAGACGAGGGAUCCGAAAAGAAGGAAGAACGAACCACCGAUAGAUUAGUGCUGCUAAAUAACGAAGGAGAAACGAUGGAUGCAGUUAGCCAAAAGCAGUCGCCUGCGACUUAUGACAUCACAAAUGAUGAUAUUGAAAGAAUGUCGAACGCAGCGCUCGAAGUUUCCACAGUAUCAUCAGUUGGCGAUGAGUUUACAAAAGAAAAAAUGACGGAACGAAGUGAAGCUGAACAAACAGAAGCAGAGAAAAGAGGAGAUGAAUUAUACCGCACAGCAAUGCGAUUCCUGGAUAAGGGGCGAGCUGCUUCGAAUGAAGCUAAAAGAGCUGCAUACAGACUUCUGGAUGAAGCUGCACAGCUUAAGCACAAAGAGGCCAUGAAGUUAAUUGCUUAUGCAUACUUGUUUGGUGAUUAUACACGAUGGAAUAUUGAUGAAGCACGAGCAAUAUUUGAAGAACUGGCAGCAGGUGGCUCAGCUGAUGCACAGCUAGCAUUAGGAUUCAUGCAUGCUACUGGUUUGGGUGUUCCGGAGUCUUCGCAAGCAAAAGCGCUAAUUUAUUACACCUUCUCUGCUUUGGGUGGAAAUCCUUUGGCUCAGAUGGCCUUAGGUUACCGGCAUUGGUCAGGUAUCUCUGUGCAACAGAAUUGUGAGCGUGCACUUACUUGGUAUAGAAAAGUAGCUCAGCGUGUAAAUGAGCAAGUCCGCAUUUCAGGUGGUACAGCAAUGCAGCGAAUACGAUUGCCUGAUGAACAGGAUACUGUCAGUUCUUCAUCUAAUUCAAUUCUCGACUCUAACUUGUUAAAUUAUUACAAAUACUUGGCAGAUAAAGGUGAUUUACAAGCACAGGUUAGCCUUGGUCAAUUAUAUCUAACUGGUGGACGAGGCGUAGAGCAAAACAUGAAUUUAGCCAGUCAGUAUUUUUCAACGGCUGCUCAAGCAGGCAGCACCAAUGCAUAUGCUUAUCUGGGAAAAAUGUAUUUGGAUGGCACAUCAGCGACACCUCAGGAUAAUGCUACUGCUUUUCAAUUUUUUAAAAAGGCAGCAGAUAAGGGGAAUCCAGUUGGACAAAGUGGUCUAGCCAUAAUGUAUAUGUAUGGUAAAGGGGUGAAACAGGAUUAUACCAAGGCUGCGAAAUUGUUCACUUUGGCUGCUGAACAAGGGUGGGUUGAUGGACAAUUGAAUUUGGGCUAUCUUCAUUUCAGAGGACUUGGUGUGAAGAGGGAUUUCAAGUUAGCCAUAAAAUAUUUUCAGCUGGCUUCGCAGUCAGGGCAUGUCAAUGCAUAUUUUAAUCUGGCACAAAUUCAUGCUACAGGUACUGGUGUGCCUCGGAAUUGCCAUACAGCUGUUGAAUUAUACAAAAAUGUUGCUGAACGAGGGCGUUGGUCAGAGCGUCUCAUGGAAGCGUAUACAAGUUAUCGUAGUGGGCGGGUAGAUGAAGCUGCCUUUAAGUAUCUCUUUUUAGCUGAACUAGGAGAAUCAAAUCUGUUUCCAAGUGAAGAGGCAUUACAACGUGCUUUACUUCACUGGCAACGUUCCGCGAAUCAGGAUUAUGCUUACGCUCGCAUAAAAUUGGGAGAUUAUUAUUAUUACGGUUAUGGUACUCCUGUUGAUUAUGAAAUGGCAGCAACACAAUAUAAAAUCGCUAGUGACCGACAUCAGGCUGCACAGGCGAUGUUCAAUUUGGGUUAUAUGCAUGAACAAGGUCUUGGAAUCAAUAAGGAUAUGCAUUUGGCGAAACGAUUUUAUGAUAUGGCAGCAGAAACAAGUGCAGAUGCAUAUAUGCCAGUUAGUCUCGCUCUUUUGAAACUUACCGCUCUCUUCUUCAUGGAACAUCUUAAAGAGAAUUCUUUUGUGACAAUGCUCGAUUAUGUCUUCGGUGCGAACUGGGACUUAUAUGCUAUAACGUUAUUUAUUGGCUUAAUAAUUAUGUUGUGGAUCGAACCUGCUCGAGAAUUGUGGAAGACGGUUACAUCACUUUCGCCAGCUGGUAUUAAGAAAGGGCGAGCCAAAACUCGUCAAAGUGUUUUAAACCUUCAAAAGUUUUACCGCAUCGGUGCCGGUCCUAUAAAAGUAAAGUAUCCUGGUCUGAAUGCUCCGCUAAUUGUACCAAGUGAUGAACCAAUGAUGGUGAUGGAGAAAACAAAGGAAGAAAUCGAUGCGGUUGAAGAACGUCUAAAAAAUAUCAUAGCCACCCGACCUUCGAAAAAAAGAGUGAAAGAAAAGUUACAUCCACUGGAACGAGGUUUUGCUGGAACCCGAAUUGAAGGUCAAAAAUUGGGUCCACCACCGCCAGUUGAUGAUAUUCAUUUCGACGAAUUUCAAACUUAUUGUCUCCAGUUACGAAGAAUCACAAAUAUGACAUCAUACGGUCGACAACACACGAUGUCAGCUUUAAUUGUUACUGGUAACGGAAAUGGUCUUGGUGGUUAUGCAGUUGGCAAAGCUGGUCUGAAGCAUCAUGUUCGUGCUAUUGUAAACGGCAUGAAGAUGGCAUCAAGAAAAUUGGUGUACGUGGAACUUUUAGAGAACCGUACAAUUUAUCAAGAUUUCUAUGCCGAAUGUCGUGGUACUCGUAUUUUUGCUCAAAGAAGGCCAAAAGAUUUUGGUGUAGUUGCUCAUCCGAGAAUCACAAAAAUUUGUGAGGUACUUGGUAUCAAAGACCUUGAAUGUAAGGUGGUGGGUUCUACCAAAAAUUACAUCGCGCUCACCCAUGCUUUCUUUAUAGGUCUUUUAAACCAAGAAACUCAUCAACAGCUUGCAGAACGCAAAAAGUUGCAUGUUGUUGAACUUUCUCCACAUAGAAGAUAUUUUCCUAUCAAAGUCGCUUCUCCGUUGCAGUCAGAAUUAAGAACAGAGCGAGAUAUUGAACCGAAAGAAAAAUUAUUACUAAAUGAUUUUUAUGGCGAAGGACGUUUGCCACUGAUCAAAAAGCAAGUUCCCUUCUAUGCAAAUCUCCCUAAUCAUCUUGCUGCCGAGGCGCUCAAACACCGUUUCCGAAAUAGGGAUAAAACCAUGAUACGGUUAAUGGCCGAUGAUGUUGUACCGCGCUGGACUCGUGACGAACGCCGGAAAUGGGCUGAAGAAAAGCAUCAGGAUAUGAUAAAUGGAUUGAUUCCGUUGCCGAAAGGAAUUGGCUUGUCGGAAAUUCUGCCAAAAUCUGAGGAAAGAUAA